UGCGCAAUAAGGGGAAGCAACAACCCCUAUGAAAAACAACAACAAUCACUAUAGCAGGGCUAGGAAAAAGAUAUGGCCCCUUGAAGCCCAACACCUCUGGUCCUUAGCACAGUAGUAAUCCCAGCCCAACUGCUGCUGUUUCUGCCGGAGCAUUAUAUGUCGAUGGUGCCAGGCCCAUGAACUUGGCCAGUCAAAGCGGGGAUGCUGGCGGAAGCCAGCUCCUGUUCGCCAACUUUAACCAGGACAACACGUCCUUAGCUGUCGGCACCAAAUCCGGAUACAAGUUCUUCUCCCUGUCCUCUGUGGACAAAUUGGAGCAGAUAUAUGAAUGUACGGACACGGAGGAUGUGUGUAUUGUGGAGCGUCUCUUCUCCAGCAGCCUGGUGGCCAUUGUCAGCCUGAAGGCUCCCAGGAAACUCAAAGUCUGUCACUUCAAGAAGGGAACCGAGAUCUGCAACUACUCCUAUUCCAACACCAUACUGGCUGUCAAGCUCAACAGACAGAGGCUGAUUGUAUGUCUGGAAGAGUCACUUUACAUUCAUAACAUCCGAGACAUGAAAGUGCUGCACACUAUCAGAGAAACUCCACCCAACCCCUCAGGAUUGUGUGCUCUUUCCAUCAGCAAUGACAACUGUUAUCUGGCCUACCCAGGGAGCGCAACGAUAGGAGAAGUUCAAGUGUUUGACACAGUCAACCUGCGAGCGGCUAAUAUGAUUCCUGCCCACGACAGCCCAUUAGCAGCUCUGGCUUUUGAUGCAAGUGGAACCAAACUGGCCACGGCUUCAGAGAAGGGCACAGUCAUUCGUGUCUUCUCAAUACCAGAGGGACAGAAGCUCUUUGAGUUUCGAAGAGGAGUUAAGAGGUGUGUGAGCAUCUGCUCACUGGCAUUCAGUAUGGAAGGCCUGUACCUGUCAGCCUCCAGCAACACAGAGACGGUCCACAUCUUCAAAUUAGAGACGCAGAAGGAGAAAUAUGUGCCAGCAGAGGAGCCCACCACAUGGGGAGGGUACCUGGGCAAGGUCCUGAUGGCAUCUACCACGUACUUGCCUUCUCAGGUUACGGAAAUGUUCACCCAGGGCAGAGCCUUCGCCACCGUGCGUCUGCCCUUCUGCGGACAUAAGAACAUUUGCGCCUUAGCUGUGAUUCAGAAGAUUCCCAGGUUGUUGGUGGCAGCAGCUGAUGGUUACCUGUAUCUGUACAACCUGGAUCCACAAGAGGGCGGGGAAUGUACACUUAUGAAGCAGCACAGGUUAGACGGCAGUGCGGAGCCAUCCAAUGAGAUCCUUGAGCAGGGGUCACUUGAUCGCCCACUUGUGGCCCAAACCUACAGUGCUGCAGUCACUAAAGGUUACUGCGAAGAGCAAGGGGCCGUGGGAGGGGCGGGACUAGAAGAUGACCUGAAUGACUUGCGUUUAGAGGAAGAGAACGAGCAACCGCCGCUCAUUCUCGAAACUGACUGACUUAACGAACGGCUGUACCCACCAAUCAGAGGGCUCCUCUGGUGCUGCUAUGAACAUGUGACACAAGGGGGGGCAGGGGCAGGAUUAAAGACUGGGGGUGUUUUUAAACGCUCAAAGUGUUCAAGAGCCUGUCUGUAAGUCUGUCAGUGCAUUUGUUUGUUCACCUACUUGUCCAACUUUUUUCUUCCCCCACUCCCUUUCCCUCAGUUUUGCCUGCGCAGGCCAAACUGACGCUUUGCAUGUACAUGUGCCAACCGCUAAAAACAUGCUCCAAUGUGAAAACGAGUAUCUGUGAGUGUGUAUGUUGGACAUUUGAUCAAAAAAAAAGAAAAAAAAGUAGCUGUGUCUCCACUUAAGACACACACACACUGACGCAAGCACUGUGUAAUACGAUAGUGAUUGUGUAAGUGCCUCGCUGCCCCAGUGUCAUGGUUUCUUCUGUUUGAGACGAGGGGGAUCUUUUGGCUUAAUAAAAUGUAUUUUCAGUUGUUGGAUCUUAAUUGAAAGUGUCUAUGAUGUUUUCUUACCCUUUUCUUUCAUAUGUGCAGUCACACACUGUCCUUCUAGGAGUGUGGCAUCAACUUUACCCGCUUUUGGCAUGAGGCAGAGGUGUUUGCGAAUAAUAAUGUGUGUCUGUGCCCUUGUGCUGAGACUUCAUUUCUACGUAUGUUUGUAUGCUGGGCAUGUACAUUAGCAAAACACUGGAGUUAUUAGCCUCCUUUUGUCCCCGUUCACUUUUACCUCAUCCAAACAGAGGCUCAGUGGACCUUCCUGCCCCAGCCCUCCCUCCUCUGAUCUGCAGUCCUUGGUUGAUUUUAAACUCAGAUAUUAAUGAUCUUUUUUUUUUUUUAAAAAAAAGAAAAAAAAAAGCCAAC